UUCUUUUGGCUAAACUCUUGCAUUUUUCUUAACCCCAUUUCUCUUCCCCCAUGAAAAUUUCAACCCUUCACUCCUACCGUAUUUAGCUUCUAGCGUGAAGAAAAAAUGGUGUUCUAAGUUAGAGUUUGCCAAAUAAAGAAUCAAAUACUAGAAAAAGAAACACAAAUGUCGCUGAAUCAGUCCAAUAUUAGUAACAGCACCAAUACUAAUGUUUCGGUGAUCGAAUUGUACUGGAAUUUAGUGGCGAAGGCAGACAAGAAAUUCUCGAAGAUUCGUGAUUUGCCCUACUAUCAACGCACCCGAUAUGAUACGUACUUUUACAAAGUUUUCAAGGUCUACACCCAGUUAUGGAAGUUUCAACAAGAGAAUAGGCAAAAGCUGGUCGAGGCAGGGUUGAAGAGAUGGGAGAUUGGGGAAAUUGCAUCUCGGAUUGGUCAGCUUUAUUUUGGGCAGUACAUGAGGACAAGUGAGGCAAGCUAUUUGUCUGAAUCAUAUAUAUUCUACGAGGCAAUACUGACAAGGGAGUAUUUCAAAGAAGGCUUGUAUCAGGAUAUCAAUCUUGCGAGCAAGCAGUUGAGGUUUCUUGCUCGGUUUUUGACAGUCUGUUUGGUGUUUAAUCGGCGAGAAGUGGUGUAUCAGCUGGUGAAUCAGCUGAAGAUGUUGCUUGACGAGUGCAAGAGGACAUUCCAGGAAACUGACUUCAAAGAGUGGAAGCUGGUAAUUCAGGAAAUAGUAAAAUUUCUAAAAGCUGACACAGCUUUUAUGAACAUCAGGCCUUUGAGAUAUAGUGUUGUAUUGGAUCUUCAACCAAAUAGUCUCCCACAUGUGGACGCACCAAGAAAGCUUAAACUAAGAGAUGCAUUGUUAUGCAGUUAUCAUCCUAAUGAGGUCAAGUUUUCAGAACUCACCCUUGAUACUUUCAGAAUGCUACAAUGCUUGGAGUGGGAACCCAGUGGUUUAUUUUACCAGACAAACAUGGAUGCAUCAAGUGACAAUGUAACAAAUGCUAGUCAAAAUGGGACUCCGGGGUCCAAUCGUGUAAAUCAAGAUAUAACGGAUCCUACUUUGGCGCCUAACCCUCGAAAAGCCGUCUUAUAUCGUCCAUCUGUUACCCAUUUCAUGGCUGUUUUAGGGACAGUGUGUGAGGAGCUCGCUCCUGAUGGAAUUCUCCUAAUAUAUCUAUCAGCUUCAGGAAGAAGUGCACAUACUCUGUCGUCUCCAUCUCGUGUUGCGCAUUCUAUUGGCUCUGGCUUUCAAUUCCAUUCCAUCAACUCUGAAUCUACCUCUGCACAUCCGACUAGCUUUGGCGGUGAUAGUGCUGAUCUUCAUUCUGGUCAGAUUGCUGACUGCUUACAUAUAGGGGCUCGUGGAAAUGGAGGCAUGAACUGCAUAUAUCCCUGUGACUUAUUGCCCUUCACAAGAAGGCCUCUUUUUCUAAUAAUUGACAGCGACAGUAGUCAAGCAUUCAAGGCUAUUAGUGGCACAGAAAAAGGAGAACGAAUUGCCAUGCUCCUAUCUCCAGCCACAUCAAUGCCUAUUCCUGCUAUAGACUCCACUCGUCAGCCUAGUGGAAGCUCAUUCACCAGUUUUCUCACAGCUCCUUUACAGUCUUUCAUUCUUUUGCUUGGAUUUAGUGGCUCUGAUGUUGAGACGGACAUGUACAAUAAGGCUGAGAAGCUGCUUUACUCAUCAUUAAAUCAAUGGGGGUUGUCAUUAGCUUCAUCUGACAAUCUUGAUCCUGUUUGGGCUCAAAUUUUGAGUGAUCCAUUUCUACGGCGACUACUUUUAAGAUUUGUAUUUUGUCGGGCUGUACUGUCCUUGUAUGUUCCAUCUUCCGGCAGGAUAGAAUUUCUUCCCGAGUGUGUACCUUGUCUUCCAGACGAUGUGUCACCAACAAGUGCCAAAUGUCAAGCAUCAGUUUCGCAGUUAGCUGACAUCAUUGGUGCAAGAGAUAAGUUCAUAUUUUCACAAGAAACCCGUACUUCCUGACGACUAGCACACUAAGAAGUUCCAUCCUAUUGUUAUCCGGAUUCAUUUAAAUAGAUUAAACAAUGUAAAGAUUGUGAGAAAUGUCGCUUCCGUUUGAUUAUUUAUCUGAUUUUAGUGUUUUAAUAUUUGUUAGAGGAUAUGGUUUGAGAUGGCUUUUGACAAAUGCCAAUGGAAAAAUGUGUUUGGGUAUGGUUAUGAUUAUCAGAUAACUAUAGUGAACAGAGGGAUAGCAAGGAGAUACUUAUACAGAACUUCACACCGAAGACUAGAAAUGUCUACUGAAUAAUGCUAUUCAUUAGUUGUGUUGAUCAUCGGCAUCUAUUGUAGCAGUGAGGCGUAAACAAUGCUGAUGAAUAGCAAUAAUCAUUUUUAUUA